AUGAACAUCGAUGUGGCAUUGUUAACGCUGCGUGAAACAAUGAUUCAUGGACUGGUACCAUCUAAAAAGCCAUUGUCUGCCAAUAUCGUCUUUAGGUGGUGUUCAAUGCGACUCGCGCCUACACGACGUUGGUCCUGCCUUGGCACCGUUCUGGUGACCACGCGCUGGUUCGUCAUGAUCGAGCGAGUCCAUGCGAUUGCCCUUGAGCUGAUCGUUGAGGUUGAUGUCGUCCUCGUAAGCACUGCCAAGCUCGGCCUCGCCCUGCUUCAGCUUGCUCAGGUUAAUGUUAGAAACAUUACUUGA